CAAAAUCAGUUUAGUUACAUGACGUAGUAGUAUUUUGAUAUCACUUUUUGCUUCUUUAAAGCAGAAGAUUAGAAGUGCAAAAAAAUGGAGUUAACAAAAUGUAAUCCAUUUAAAACUCAAGCUAAAAGGAGGAAAAGCAAUUUAUUUAAAACUAAUUGUAGCAUUGUGUGAUUGAGAGGAUUUUUGCAUUUGCUCUCAACCAAAUUUUGGUGAAAACCAGGCAAUGGUAUACGGAAGAAAACAACGAAGCACCUCAGAAGCAUACAAACUGAAUUGUGUUAAAGGAAAUUUUCUAUAUCAUGAUGUGCGGCAGAAUAAUUGCCAAAUCAUGGCCACUUCCAGGAGUUGGUGCAGUUAGAGGCAUUAUGCAAGAAAUUUUAUGAUGCAAGUAAUCCUGAAGAAAGGGCCACAGCAGAAAAAGCCCUUGUCAAUUUUGUUCAUGCCCCAGACUGCUUGAUGAGAUGUCGAAUGCUGUUAGAAAGGGGAGAUUCUUCUUAUGCUCAACUCCUUGCCGCUACCACUCUUACAAAGCUUGUUUCUAGAAGUCCACAGACUCUAACUUUGCAACAAAGAAUUGAAAUAAAAAAUUAUGUUUUAACCUACUUAGCUAAUUGGCCAAAAUUAGCUUCUUUUGUUACUCAAGCAUUAGUCCAACUCUUUGCUCGCCUGACAAAAGCUGGAUGGUUUGACACUUACAAAAAGGAACAUGUAUUCAGAAAUGUUAUAAGUCAGCUUAGUGGCUUUUUACAGGGAUCUGUAGAUUACUGUGUGAUAGCGGUGCAGCUGCUUUCAAAUAUUACUUGUGAAAUUAAUCAGAUCAGUGAAGCAGAAGCCAAUAAGUCCUUAACUAAACAACGUAAAACUGCUACUUCAUUUAGAGAUACAGAAUUGUAUGACAUAUUCCAGCUUUCCUGUGAUUUGUUAAGGAGAGCUUUGGAAGGUUGGCAAACAAAAAGUUAUACAGAUGAAACUGAGCACAAUUUGAUGAGCUGCUUACUUCGAUUAUCAUACAAUUGCAUAUCCUUUGAUUUCAUUGGUACAUCACCUGACGAGUCCUCUGAUGAUUUAUUUACUGUUCAAAUACCCACAAGCUGGAGACCUGCAUUUUUGGAUUUUAAUUCACUUCAACUGUUUUUUGAUUUGUAUCAUUGCUUGCCUCCUAAUCUUUCAUCAAUGGCAUUAUUAUGUAUAGUACAAAUUGCAUCUGUUAGGAGAACUUUGUUUAAUAAUGAUGAACGUGGUAAAUACUUAGCACAGCUUGUGAAUGGAAUAAAAUCAAUUCUUGAAAACCCUCAAAAACUAUCUGAUGCAAGUAAUUAUCAUGAAUUCUGCCGGUUGUUAGCUAGAUUAAAGACAAAUUACCAACUUGGAGAACUUGUUAGGAUUGAAAGUUAUCCUGACACAAUAAGGCUGAUUGCCAAAUUUACUGUCACAAGUUUGCAGAUGUGGCAAUUUGCUCCUAAUAGUAUUCAUUACUUGCUGAGUUUGUGGCAAAGAAUGGUAGCAUCUGUACCGUAUGUUAAAGCCUCUGAACCACACUUACUGGAAAGAUAUACCCCAGAAGUAACUCAGGCAUUUAUUACUUCCAGAUUAGAAUCUGUAUCUGUUGUGCUAAGAGAUGGUCUAGAGGAUCCUUUAGAAGAUUUAGGAAUGGUUCAACAACAACUUGAUCAGAUGUCCAUUAUUGGAAGAUGUGAGUAUGAAAAAACAUGUAGUCUACUUGUUCAGCUCUUUGAUCAAAGUGCCCAAUCAUAUCAAGAGUUAAUCAAUCUUGUACCACCAUCACAGGUAGAGACUGCAGUUCAAGAAGGACAGUUGACAUGGCUUGUAUAUAUCAUUGCAGCAGCUAUUGGUGGAAGAGUUUCUUUUAGCACAGCUGAUGAAUAUGAUGCAAUGGAUGGAGAGCUCAUUUGCCGAGUCUUGCAGCUGAUGAAUCUUACUGAUAACAGAAUAUCACAAGGGGGUUGUGAAAAAUUAGAACUAGCCACAAUUUAUUUCUUUCAGCAGUUUCGUAAAAUUUAUGUUGGUGAUCAAGUUCAACGAACGUCAAAGGUUUAUAAACGCUUAUCUGAAGUUUUAGGUGUUUCUGAUGAAUCAAUGGUUUUAAGUGUUUUUGUGAGAAAAAUACUUACAAAUUUGAAAUUUUGGAGUAGAAGUGAGCAGAUAAUCAAUCGAACAUUACAGCUACUUAGUGAUCUCUCUGUUGGUUAUACUAGUGUCCGAAAAUUAGUAAAGCUGGAGGAAGUACAAUUUAUGUUAAAUAAUCAUACUAGUGAGCAUUUUCCUUUCUUGGGAUGUGGAAUGCAAAUAUGUGAUAUGCGAUGUAGGACAGUUUUUUAUACUGCUUUAGGAAGGCUCUUGUUGAUUAACCUCGGUGAAGAUGAAGAUAAAUUUGAGCAGUUUAUGAUGCCUUUAACUUCUACUUUUGAAACUGUUGGAAAUGCUUUAACGGCUGCAGAAAAUGGUGGCUCAUUCAACGAAACGGAAACUAAAAAACAACUGAUUGGACUGGCUAGGGAUCUGAGAGGUCUGGCGUUUGCUUUUAACUCAAAAAUAAGUUAUAUGAUGUUAUUUGAAUGGAUAUACCCAACAUACACUCCAAUAUUACAUAGAGCAAUUGAAAUGUGGUAUCAUGAUCCAGCUGUUACCACACCAACUUUAAAACUUUUUGCUGAAUUAGUUGUAAAUCGAUCUCAGCGUUUACAAUUUGAUGUAUCAUCUCCUAAUGGUGUUCUUUUGUUCCGUGAAGCAAGUAAAGUUAUAGUUAAUUAUGGUACAAGACUUUUGACCAUGACCACUAUACCAAAGGAUCAAACAUACAAAAUGAAAUUGAAAGGCAUUUCCAUAUGUUUUUCCAUGUUGAAAUCUGCAUUAUGUGGUGGUUAUGUCAAUUUUGGAGUAUUUCGCUGGUAUGGAGAUGUUGCUUUAGAUGAUGCAUUGAAUACAUUUGUGAAAAUGUUAUUGUCUGUUCCUCAAUCUGACCUCUUGCAUUAUCCAAAACUAAGUCAAACAUAUUAUGUCUUACUGGAAUGCCUUGCACAAGAUCACAUGAAUUUUUUGAGUAAUUUAGAGCCUCAACUUUUUUUGUAUAUAUUAUCUUCAAUUUCUGAAGGAUUAUCUUCAUCUGAUACUAUGGUGUGUGCAGGUUGCUGUGCUGCAUUAGAUCAUCUAGUUACUUACAUAUUUAAAAAGGUAUCGCGUGCUGGGAAAAAGAGAAGAACUAGUGGAACUGAAACACAGGAAGAGGAGUCUUGCCUUAGAGUUUUAAAAUUGCAUCCUGAAAUACUUCAACAGAUGCUAAGCACAAACUUGAAUAUAGUCAUUUUUGAAGAAUGUAGAAACCAAUGGUCAAUGUCAAGGCCGCUUUUAGGAUUAAUUUUGCUAAAUGAAGAGUAUUUUAAUCGGCUGAGGCAAAAUAUCAUUAGCAAUCAACUCCCUGAAAAACAAUGUGUUAUGGCUCAGUGGUUUGACAGUUUAAUGGAAGGAAUAGAAAGAAAUCUUCAAACCAAAAAUAGGGAAAGAUUUACUCAAAAUUUGUCAGUCUUUCGACGGGAUGUAAAUGACUCUCUUAAAGGUCCAAAUAUAUUAAACUCAUCUUUGUAUGAUGUAAAUUAAUUUCAUAUAGUUUUAAAAUUUGUUGGAAUUGUAUGCAAGGCCCAUCAACUACAUUGUGAAUACCAUCUUCUUCCUAGUAUGUGUGAUAUUGAAAGAAAAUAGGAAAAGUAUUUGUGAAAACUGUUACAUUGUCCUACAAAUUGGGUGAAACAUUCCAAUGAUUUGUUUGUUCACCCACAUGAUAUAUUUUUAUACUCGUUGCUCAACAAUUUAAAUUAUGAACUGAAAUUUUGUAUUUGUAUCAAUAGACUUGUUUUUUUUUCUUCACAUUGACUGGGAGCUUAAAUCAUAAAAGCUGUUAUAGUUCAUUGAAAUAAUAUUGUAUUCGUUUGAACUUUCAAUGUAAAAAGAAAAUUAGAAAGUUCAAGAAAUUUUUUUAUACUAUCACUGUUCCUCUUUGGGAAAUGUGCCUGAAUUGCCUUUCUUUCAUUGUAAACUAUUUUUUUAAAGAGAUUAAGUUUUCAAUCAAAAUUAAUUUCUUGCUCAUUGAGCUGAUUGCUUAAAAUAUUCUUUUAUUUUUUCUGAAACUUAUAUUAAUAAUUUUUUUGAAGCAAAAUUAAUUGUUCAAAAAUUUUUGUUUCCUCCUUUCUGUGUUGAACCAUUAAUUGAACAUUUUCAUGUGACAUUGAUACAUUGUGUAUUUAUUCAUUUGAAGUAAUGAGGAAAGCAUUUAGCUUUAGUUCUUAUUUAUUUAUUUUUGCCAUUUUCAAAUCUGUAUUUUCCCAUUUUUUAAUAUGUUUUUUUUAUCUAUCAAAAGAUAAACUUAAUUGAACUUGUCAUCUAUUUUAUGGGAAAUUCACUAUUACAUGAACAAUAGCAUUUUUGUAAAGGCCAAAAAUGUACUUUAAUUUGUAGCUUGUCUUAUUCUUUUUUUUUUUUUUUUUUUUUUUUUUUUUUUUUUUUUUUUUUUUUUUUUGUGCUUUUAUGCUUUAUAUUUGUCCCUAUUGUAUUAAGCAAUACUAUAUCAUUUUGUGAAUUAGAUAAAAAAAAUUAUUUGAGGUAAAUUUAAACAACUUUUUUUUAAUAGUUUUAGUUUGAAGUACUUCUCCAUUUUUAAUUUCAGGGAUUGUUUUUUUUAAAAGAAGAGUAAUUUGGAAACAAAUGAUAAAAUAAAAAUAUAAAAAACUUAGAAUAAUUAUUUAAAACUAUAAUUUUAAUUUCUAUAAUUUGAAUUAUACAUAAUCGUGUUCUGUGACUGGUUAUAAUACUUCUACAGUUAUUGAAAUAGAAAAAUUUUGGAAAAUUUGGAUUUUUGUAUUUAAACGAAUCUUGACAGCUUGUGUUGUUCCUUAAGGUAAUAAGUAUAAGUGCUUAAGCAAAGAAGUGUUAUAUCAUUAUUGUUGCCAAAAAUAGACUUCCCCAAACUUUUUCUUGUCAGUUUCUUGUACAAGAGAGUUCUAGUUCAUUGAGCAAUAAAAUACAAUGUUUGCCUUCUAAACAUGAUAUAAUUGCUUAAGCUGAUUAUACAUGCUCAGAUUUUCUAUUCUUUUAAAAGUAUAAUCAAAUGACAUAAUUUUAUUUUUGUUUAAUAAAUUUCUUUUGGUAUUUAAAUGCAGUUUUUAAGUAAGCAAAUUUGAAAUUUUUUUUUAAAAUCUAAAAUGUACAAUAAUUUAUUCAAAACUUUAUGUAUAAGAUUGUUCGAAUAAUAAUUUCAAUUUUUUCCAACAGAAAACUUGAAUUAAAUUUUUCGCAGCCAACUUUCCACUUAAGCUGCAUAAUCCCAACUUCACACUUAAGACUCAUAAUCAUUAUCAUACUGACAGUUGAUAUAGUAAAGCUUGUUUGUAAAGAAACUCGAUUGAUACUACACAGUAGAUUUUGGUUGGAAUCCUUUAGAUAUCGAAAGUGAAAAGUAGCAUUUUCAGCAUAUUUUACUUUUUUGCAACCUUUAUUAGGUAAAAAAACAGGAAAUUUUUUUUUAAUGUGCAUAGAUAUAUUGACAGAAUGCCAUUGCUAAAACUGUUUUGCAAAAUUUUGAUCCAACAAAUUGAAGCUGAUGAAGACGUGAUAAAAGUGUGAACGGGUGCAAACUAAUGAAUAACAUUUUGUGAGAUAAGAGAUUAGAUUUAUUGACUUUGACAGUUCAUAAUAAUUUGAAAUGUCUAGAUUUAAUCUCAGAGCAUGAUAUAUGGAUUUCUCCUGUUCUUAAUGAAUUUUUUUUUACAGUUGUGGUAAUGUCCGCGAUUUGCGUCAGGAGCAACUAGAAAAUUAUCCACUUUUGAAGUACAUUAUUUCUGAAAACAAAAUGAGAAUCUGAUUAUUAUUUGUUCCGGGUUCUAUAAAAAAAAUUUAUGAACCUUUACUUUCAAAUGAGGAGGUCAAAAGUUACUUGGAUCGGUUUUUUUGCUUGCACAGAACAAAAAUUUUAUGAGCUAAGAAUCAUGAUAUUGCCAAAGAGAUGGCAAAGGUAUUGGGUCAGAAUGCGCAAUACAUAAUUCAAAAAAAUAUUUUUUCACUAUAAGAAAAUCAUCUAUAGUUUUCAAUACAAAACGAAAUUACUAUCUGAACAAUCUAUUACAAUUUGUUUUUUUUUCCUUUGAAAUAUUUUUUGUUAUGAAUCUGUGAAGAUAACUAAACAAUUCAAAAAUGUAUUAAAAAAAGGCAAUUUUCAUUAAAUUUAGUACUUUGCAAAUUUUAAUUUCGCACUUUUUAAUCUGUGAUUUUUUUUUAAUAAUUGAGUAAAUAUUUGCUUAAAAUUUAUUUAGUAGCUCACUAAACACAUCCUCUUUUCAUUUAUAUGUUUAUAUUUUAGUUCAUUUCUAACAAGACUGCUUAUUAGAUGGUUGAAACUCUCCGAUUAUAUUUUUUAAAAUUUAUUUUGGUUUUAAUUUAAGCAAAUUCUUUUUGAACUCCAAUUGUAUCUUUAACUCCUUAUUAUAUUUGUCUUGUAUUUAUUGUAUUUUGAACUCCUAUUGUUAUUUUAAAUUAAUCAAGCAUUGCAGAUUCUGAAAUAGAAGGUAAUUUUUUCAGAUCUCAUUAUCACUUUUUUGUAUUUGAAAAGUGUACAAGUGCAUUGUUGUUAACUAUUACACUUAAGUCCCUCUUAAAAAGCAAGAAAACAUUAGAAUAUUAUUGAAAAUAUGUUUUCAGAUAAUUAUUAACAAAACCAAGACUUUGGAAUAAAGAAAUUUAAAAAUUUUGCAUAAGUAAACCUUUCCGACAAGUUUGAUAUAAAGGAAAAAUAAAUAACAGGUGUAGGCUUUGUUUUGUUUGGUACAGUUCAAAUAAACUUUAUAUGCUUAAAAUUCGAAAAACGUUUUUCUUUUAAAGUUAGUUUUCCAGAUAUGCAAGGUUUUCUUCAUGAUCAUCUUUAAUAUUUAUAUAUUUGGAAUUUUUGUCAAUUAUAAGGACAAAAAACAUAUUCAUUUUCUGGUUUCAAAUAUUACUAUAUAUAUAUUCAAAUCAUAUAUAUUCAAAUAUACAAAGCAUGAGAACAUGUUUGUUUGCCUGGAACAACAAGGAGAUGCUGAAAGACAAUUUAAAACGCUU